CAGGACCUGACAUACGGAAGUCGCCUGCGGCUUAUAAUGUUUGUUAUCACAUGACGGAGGACUGACAACUUGCAACCGAGUCUAACCUCUGGCGUUGAUCUUCUCUCUUUGACAAUCUCAAUCGGUAUGGCGCAGAAGACAGAGGGUAUUCAGCAACUUCUUAUUGCCGAGAAGAAGGCAACUGACAGAGUCCACGAGGCCCGUAAACGUAAGGCAGCCAGACUAAAGACCGCCAAGAAAGAAGCAGAGGCAGAAAUUACAGCUUACAAAGAACACAGAGAAAAACUGUAUAAAAAUGCUGAACAAGCGGCUGCUGGGAAACAUGGCUCGGCGGAGACGGAGAUUGCAGCGUACACAAACAAGCAGAUCGUGGAGCUGGAGAAGAACAUGAAGAUGCAAAUGCAGAAGUCUAUGGUCUUGGUGCAGGAUCCUCUGUUUGAUAUAGACAUCUCUCUUCACGAAAAUGUCAAGCUGAAUUAGUCACGAUGGUGUGGUGGAUCACAUUUGCUAGAUGUUGGUGUUUUCAUAUGUCGUGUAUGUUGGUGUAUGGUGCAGCUGAGAAGUGUGGAAGACGGAUUUGGAGCCUUGAGAGUGGUUAAGUGUGGUGCAUUUGAAAAAUAUUUCUGGCCUUUUGGUUUAAAAGUGAAACUAUUAGCUCCCGCAUGCAAUCAAAUGAUGCUCUUCCAACAUUAAGUGCAGGGUAGAAAAGUUUGAAUUCAGUCACUAGAAAGUCUCAAUUCAGUACUUUGUGCCCUUCAUAAAGUUUUAGUGAAUGAGCUGCCCAUACCAUUUUGUAAUCAUAUCUCAACAGCUCUGAAAGAUGUUUUUCGUCUUAUUGAUGGAUAAAUCAACGUUUAUCUGAGUUGUCCUUUUUCAUCUUUGGAGUGGAGCGGAUGAGGUUAUUGUGAGAUUGUGUGAAUGUUGGAAAAAUUUUAGGAGGUGGUUGCAUAGCGUAUAAGCACUACAUUUGCAAAAUUGUUGUAUUUUUGUUCCCGUUUCUUUGGAGAUUAAAAAUUUGACAGUUUUGCUUGAGCCUACUUAGACAUUUUAUUGGUCAGCACAACAGAAAGGUUUUCUAUACGUCAUUGUUUCCUAGAGGUAUGCUUGCAAAUUUAUACAUAUAUAUACGCGUAUCUAGUCAGAACAAAUACAACUGAAAGAGUGUAUGUGUAUGGUUGUUGUUUUUUUCUCUCUCACAUGCUGGUAAUGUCGUCUUUGAUGUCAAUAAGUGUGAGUAUAUGUAGCAGCGUAGCAUUGAUGUAGCCAGUUCAUCUUUACGUCUCAUGUAUCAAAACUUGUAAGUAAUCAGAGUGUCUCUCCAGCUCCCUUUGCUCUUCUGAUGUGUCUAUCCUUUCUGUGGGAAUCAACAAAUUCUCUGUGAUAUCUGUCAUAGUGUGUUAAGCGUACAGUACUGUGCUACUACCUGCGGUAGCUUGCAAGGUUUAUAGCUUCUCUUCCUCCUUUUGGUUUCAAAUGUCGUCAUCUGUUCAUGAUGAACGAACUGUGGCAAAAUUUCUGUACCUUCUCCUUUCUUGUGCCUUUUGCCUGAACCCAAAAGCCUGUUUAUCCAGGUUUAUAUUUAAUUUCAAAGGUCCCAAAAGUUUGGUUUAUCAAUAUUUUGCAGUGUCUUACACUUGUGAGAGACGUUUUCACUUCCAGUGGUAUGCGUACACUACGUGUACUAUUUUGAGAAAUUUCAGAUUUUCUUAAGUUUACCCUCGUAUGGUUUGAUUAGCAUAGGAAAGCAAUAGGCUGUUGACUUGUAAACGAAUGUUGCUCACUUUAAGUUAAUUAAAAUGAGCCAUGUUUCUUGAAGAAGCUUUUUGCUAAAAGCACAAAGAAAGACCCGCUGAUACCUAUGAAUGUACAUUAUAUUUUAUAGUUGGUUGUGCGUCUGAUUGGAUGAAUGAAUGAAUGGCCGGUCCUAUUUCAUGAUGUCUCAGGACUUUCUCUCAAAAGGUAUGGUAUAAGUUCUGGUGCGUGAAACUGUAUUUUGCAACGGUAUAACUGUGUUCCUCAACUUUGUUUGAACUACCAUGUUUUUUUUUACAUUCCAAAGAAAGUUUAUUAUAUUUGUACAUCCAGUAGAGAUUCUUUUAAAAAAGUUUGGAAAUUCGAAAAGCUUUAAACUUGAAUCCUGUUUCAGAAAAAGAAAAACCAAAGCAUCAUGUCAUUAGAAUCUCAAUCAGCUAAUUGUCGUGAGCCUCAUUUUGAAAUUUAGAAAUACAAAUUUCUGUUAAAUGAUGACAGGAGUAGAUUUAUUGGUUUUCGGUUUCAGCUACAAAUUACCUUUUGAAUUUUUGUGAGAAUCAGCGUGAAUUGUGAAUUUUUGGCAUGUGAGCUCAAUAUUUUUUGUUCUGAUAUUUUUUUUGGGAUGAUUUAUAUUCAGGCACUGACUGAAUGUAACCAUUGGAUGAUCCUUGCAUUAGUAGAUACUGUAAUAAAUAUUACAUAACCUCAA